AUGCGGCGCAUGGAGGCGAUCCGGGCCGCCCGCCCCUACAACUCCAUCGCUAACGACGGCAGCGGGUGGGUCACUCUGCCUGUUCCGGAGCCUGCGGGCAGUGGCUCGCCCCGCCGCCGCCGGAACGACACUCCGUCGCCUGAGAGGGGAGGUGGCGCCGGGAGGAAGGAGGACCUCUCUCCCCCGCGGCGAAGGCAGCGGCGUGACACGCCAUCUCCUAAGCGUGGAGGUGCUGAGGGGAGUGAUAUUUCGCCUCCGAGGCAGAGGCAAAGGCGGCGUGACACACCCUCACCGGAUGGCAAGGGUACAGGAGAGGGAGGCGAUCUGUCACCGCCACGGAAGUCCAGGCGGCAAGCCAAUCCCUCUCCUCCAAGGAGGCGGGCUCGCCAUGAUUCCGAGGAACCCCAGGACAUCUCACCACCACGGAGGCGCACGAGGCACGACUCCGAGGAGCCUCAGAACCACUCCCCCCCUCGGCGCCGGACUCGGCAUGACUCGGAGGAGCCUCAGAACCACUCCCCCUCUCGGCGCCGGUCUCGGUAUGACUCGGAGGAGCCUGGAGACAUCUCUCCGCCACGAAGACGGAAGCGCCAGGACUCUGCACAGCUGGACGACCUGUCGCUCGCAAGAAGACAAAAUUUGGGACAGAGCCUGGGUGAUGGGGAUAUUUCUCCACCAAGGAAGGGUCGGAAGUCUGCAUCAGAUGAUUUAUCUCCACCUCGUAAGGAGAGAGACACUUCUCCUCCAAGGAAGGUUAGAAAGGAAGGAGCUCCGAAAGAGACAAUGAGAGCUGGGUUGAUGUCAGCAGAGGAAGUUAAAGAGGACAUCAGAAAGAUUAAGGAGGAUGAGAAGCUCAAGUUUGCAGCACAGGACCCUUCGUUCACUGGUAAAGGGGCAAAGGUAGUGUUCCGAGAUAAGGAAGGAAAAAGGAUAAAUCAAGAAGACAUACAGAAGGCAAAGAAAGACGAGAAGCCAAAGGAAAAACAUAUAGAAUGGGGUAAAGGUUUGGUGCAGAAACGAGCAGCCGAGGCUCGAGUGAAGGAGCUUGAAGAUGUGAAGGAUCAGCCAUUUGCAAGAACAAGGGAUGAUCCUGAGCUUGACGGCAUGCUCAAAAACAGACUCCGAUGGGGUGAUCCUAUGGCUCAUCUUGUCAAGCGCAAAGAUACAGAUUUUCUUCUCAAUGACUUGGGAGAUGAUGAAAAGAUGAAGGAAUCUGGAUUUAUAGUUCCUCAAAAUGUACCUGCUCACAGCUGGCUGAAGCGUGGGGUAGAUCCUCCUCCAAACCGUUAUGGCAUAAAACCAGGCCGUCAUUGGGAUGGAGUGGACCGCAGCAAUGGAUACGAGAAGGACAUGUACAAGCUAAAGAAUGACAAGCAGGCCACGGAGCAGGAGGCAUACCUUUGGUCCGUCGCAGAUAUGUGA